GGUUUGUCGCUGCUGGGCUGAAGAUGUCUGUGGAUGGUUUUAUCUGGCUGCUGAACGGCCUUCACCGGGCCUGGAUUCGCCGGUAUCUAGCGCUGCUGUUCGUUCUCAUCACCCUGGGCGGCUCGCUGCUCAAAGCCAGCCAGCCCCCGGCCGAGUCCUAUUUCUCCAACCGGCGCAAUGCCCUGAAUGUGUAUUUUGUCAAAUUUUCAUGGGGCUGGACCUUGGGCCUGCUGCUUCCCUUUGUUUUCACCUCAAAUUACUUUCUUCAAAAGGAUGUCCUGUUUGCAGUACGUCGCAUCACCUCAUGUGUGGUGGGAACUGCCAUUUGGUUUCUUAGCACAAGGUUCUUUCACAUUAUUGAAAAUUUCACGGGUGAGUGCUAUGAAUCUCAAAAUAUGACUGUUCUCCAGGAAUUUGAAAACCUAUACACUUGCAAGAAACAUGGCCAUUUGUGGCUUGGCUUCGACAUCUCUGGACACUCGUUCUUAUUGUCAUACUGUGCACUGAUAAUAACAGAAGAAAUAGCAGUCAUGAAUGAACUUCACAAGAUGGAGCAAAAACCAGGAAAGGCCACCGCUACAAUCAUUAAGUCGCUGUUUAUUGCUUUAAAUGCCUUGCUUCUGUUGUGGGUCUGGAUGUUUUUUUGUACUGCAGUGUAUUUUCAUGAUAUGCCUCAUAAAAUAAUCGGGGUUGCUUUUGGAAUUUCUGCCUGGUAUGGAACAUACAGGUUUUGGUAUAAGAAACAUAUUUCUCCUGGACUACCACCUGAAGUUGGGAAGAAAAAGAAGUAGUAAUCGGAGAUAUUCAAGUACGAAGAGUAGAAUUUCUAUUAAUAUAGACUAUACCCAUCAUGCCUAUAGGCUCCAAACAUAAAGGCGACGGCUUCUACUUUGGCAAUACAAAGUGUCUGCAAAUGAUUAGUAUUCUCCAUUCAUGAACCUGGAUCAUUUAGUGAGAUCUGAUGGCAGAGGCAAGGACCAAUUUUGAACACUAGGGAUAAAGUCUGAUUAAUAUAAUCAGUUUCCACAUGAGAAUACUAAUAAUAACCUGAAUGUGGUUUAAAAUGUGUUUGUGUUAGUAUUGUGGAUUUGCUUUCUAGUGGUUCCUUGCUUUGUCAUUUGUAUGUGCCUUGCUGGGGUAGAUUUUAAAUUUGAGUUGCAUGGGUUACAGAAGAUUAGCUUUCAAUUUCUGUGUCAGGCUAAAUUGGUUUGAAUUUUUAUUGCUGGAAGCAGCAGUAUUUUAAAGGAGGAAAAAAUAUAUUUGCAGCUUACAUUAUAUCUGCAUAUUUAGCCAUGCAGCAGUCUAAGUGUAAUUAUGGAAUAAUAAUAACUGACAUUCAACUCUUAUAGAAGAUGUUGGCAAUUAUUGUGCUUCUCUUGAUUGUUGCCCACGCAGUUUAAUAUAUAUCAGCAAUAUUUUAUACUUAUAUCACUGCAAUUUUGUUAUUCAGAAUGAAAUAGUUGUUAUUAAUCAGGGUGGUUGCUAUUUAAUACCUUUGUCUUCAUUUAUAUAUUUCUCAAAUCUCCAUAUUUUUAGUACAUCAUUAUCUUUUGCAUGUACACUAUGCUAAAGGUUAUGCAUCCUUUAUUUCAACUUUUCCCUCUGUUCUAUGAUGGUUUAAAGAAAAACAAUUCUAUGCAAAUGAUAAUCUGUAAUUCCAUUGAGAAAUUUGUAUUUUUGGACAUUUAAAAAAAUUGUGUACACAAGAUCAGGGAAGAAAUAUCCAGUGGCGGCAAUUGGUAGAAAAAAAAGACAAAUUAGUUUUAGUUGCAAUUGCCCUGAACAAAUAGUAGUAGUAAUUGGAGAUAUUCAAGUACUAAGAGUAGAAUUUCUAUUGAAAUAGACUAUACCCAUCAUGUCUCAGUACAUAGGCCUAUUAAAUUUAGUAUUACGCUUUUGGUGAAAGUUAUCAUUUAGCUAGCAGCUAAUUAUUAGCCUUAACUUUAAAACUUGAGUCAAGCAAAUUGAUCCAACAUGCUAAUAAUUCAAUUAAGCUUUUACCAGGCAGUUAAAAUGUCAUUGUAUUUUUCAUUGUAUAUUCCAGAUGUAUUAAAAACAGUUUAUUUGUAAACCUACACUAAAUUAUGAAAUAGUAUAAUCCAAUUUGAAUAAUAUUUGUUGUAGGGUGCCUGCAUCUGUUCCUACAGCUAUUAUGUUUUCACCCCAAGAGUGGACAAGAGUUACUUCUUCUUUUCUCCAACUGGGAUGUCGCUUAAACUGUUAACUUUAUUGUGACUUGCCUAAAAUAUAUGGUGCCAAUAUUGCUGCAAAUAUUUUACCUUCAAAGCAUGGUUGUCACCCUCCAAAUGCUUGUAGAGAACACUGCUGACAAGUUGUUUGUGUACCAAUAUUUAUAGUGCCAGGAGGGUUUAAGAAGUUAGUGUUGAAAUUUAUAAUGUUGUACUGUUAGAACGAAAAUAUGUGUGGGAUGCUGCAACUGAAGAUUUCUUUGUGAUAUAGGGAGAAAAUUACUCAGAGUGGUAUAUCCGUCUCAUUCUGUGUAUGGAUUGUAUUUUUAAGAGCUGCUUGUAUGUUACUGACAGCAAUGUGGACUUGGAAAAGAUCAUGAACUCUGGUGUUGUAAUAAUGUUAUGAAGUAAUUCUAUAGCAUUUAAACCAGUGUUUACAACUCUGCUUCUGUUAACCUGUUUUUGUCAGUUCUAUUCACAUAGGAGGAAUGUAUAUUAAAAUAGUGAUUAUCCGAUUCACAUUUCGUUCCAUGCUUUGAAUGCAAUGAAAAAUUUUUUGAAAGUUAAACUCGUGCUGUUAACUAACUUGUGUAGAAUUAAGAAAAGUUACUACUGCAUAAUGUCUUGAAAUGUUUCAUCUGUAAAUAAAGAAACAUAUAAUCUAUUUAAGAAAAUGAAUUUAAUGAAUUGGAUUGAGCAAAGUAGAUGUGCAUAAUGGUUUGGGAAUUUGCCAUUGUAUAUUCAAAAGCUUACUAAAUUUUAAUGCAAGUGAUAUUGACUUUGAAAUUUAACAUUAUACUGUGUCCUGUUUUAAGGUUCUCCCAGAAUCUAGACAGUCUUUGAUCUACCUGGUUUGUUGUUUGAAAUACUGUAUGAAGGAAAAGAGCAUGCAAUUGUAACACAAUUUUAGCUUUGCAUGUUCACAAUUGAACAGCUAAGUAUUUUUCCAUUAAAAUAUUUAAUAUUUUUAA